AUGAAGAUACCGGAACCAAUGGUGGUGGUGGCGGUCCCAUUAUGGAAUUGGAAGCUUCUCCACCGUAGCUUGGUGGAGGACGAGGUGGGGGAGAUUAGACCUCCAUCAAGUCAGCAUUUCUUCCCCUUCUUACUCGAGUGCGAGUUUGCAUCUGUCCGGUCUAUGAAUUACAAAUUAGAGAAGGCACAUGAAGUGUGCCGUUUCACUUACUCAACAAAAAAAGGCCCCGAUUUUACCAGUUUACCCUCCAGGUAG